AUGACUUCUUCUUCUCUGGCUACUUCUCCUGCUUCAUCGCCGGAUGAGGCCCACUCCACUCUGGAGAGCGGUACCGUGACCGACGGUUUCAAGUCUGUUGAUAUUGCAGACCAUGAUGGGGAUGAAAAUCAUAUCGACCUUCCCGCGCACAUACAUGCGGCGUCUAGGGCAAUUCAUCACACGUUACACCACGCCGUAGUCGGCCGUCUGCCCCUCGCACUACCACCCAAAACCAGCUCCCCGCAUCUGUACGCCCUGGGAAUAUCACGCUUCUCCCGCAUUUAUCUCGCAUUUGAAGCUGCAUGGCGCGAUUACCUCCACACAUCUCCUACCAAUCAUGACCCCAACAACGACCAAGUCAGGUAUCACACCUUACUGUCCGAAGCCUACAUCCCAGCCAUAAACCGCAGCGCGCGCCUUACCUCGGACAUAUCUAAUUUGCAACGCGAAUGGGGAGACGAGAUUGUAUCCGUCGCGCAACCGGCCGCACACGACGCCGCCCUGACAGACGCGGUCGCACACAUCACCGAAACCGCGCAGAAGAAACCAUACACCCUUCUCGCGUAUUCGUGGAUUAUGUACAUGGCCCUAUUCAACGGCGGAAGGUGGAUACGCGAUCAACUCGCCAACGCGGGUCCUGAGUUUUGGUUUCGAGAACCACCACAUACCGAAAAAGCUGCCUCUACUAUUGGAUCGAACUUCUUAUCGUUCUGGUCCUUUGAUGGUGACGAGGAUGGCGAAGAUAUCAAACGCGCUUUUCGUGCCGCGUUUGUAGACGCAUCGCGCAAAUACCUGACUGAGGCUGAACGAGAGGAUGUCAUCCAUGAAGCGAAAGUGUUAUUUCAGCAUUGCAUCAACAUUGUUUCGGAGGUUGACGUCGUGGUUGCGCUGGAGCGGAAGAGGCAGGACGAGGAGUUGCACGGACAUCAUCAACAAUCUCGAGAGUUGGGAACGGCUGAACGGCAGUCUUUAUUCAUUAUCAUUACUCUGGGCGUUGGGUUGGCUUUGGCGAUUAGUUAUUAUACACGAUUGAUGACAUAUCUGGGAUAUUAG